AUCCCACACGCCGCCCCCAACCCCGGAUCUUCCGCCGCCUCCGCCACUUCUGACUUGCCCCCUACUUAAAACCCGCCCCUCGCCGCCUUCCGCCGUCCCGCACCAACAAAUCCUCCGCGCAUUCGCCGAUCAGAUCCUCCUCCCCCCUUCCCCUUCCACCCCCUCGGAGAACCCUAACCGCCAGCCAGCGACCCAUCCGCUCGCUCGUUCCCCAUGGACUCGGAUCAGGACUCCGUCGACGACUGGGUCGUGCUGGCGUCGUCGUCGUCAUCCUCCGACGACGAGGGCGUCAUCGCGCUCUCAUCCGGCUGCACCACCCCCAACUUCUCCUCCCGUUCGGGCUCCGCCACCCCCAACUCCGACCCCGACCACGACCACGCCACCACCAAGUUCCUCCUCGCCUACGAGGCCGCCGCGGCCGACCCCGACGACCCGGAGGGCAUGUACGACCUGUCGGACGCGGAGGACACGUACGCGACGCCACCACCGUCCCCGCCGCUACCCAAGCCGCUCUCGGGCCUCUUCCACCACACGCUAACCGGGGACGUGGCGUACGCCGCCUUCGACCCGGUCGUCCUCCCCGCCUCCGCCUCCGCCGCCCUCUCGCGCGGCCACUACGUCGGCAAGCAGCUGGUCCCGGACCCCACGUUCGCCUCCUUCAUCCCGCACGAGCCCGUGUCCGCGCUGGCUUCCACGCGGGGACUCGUCUGCCUCCGCGGCACCGUCUCCAACGCCUACUACGUCGCGAACCCGGCCACCUUCGAGCACGAGCGGCUCCCGAAGCCGGCCAGCGUCCACACCGCCAAAGGCGAGCCCGCGGUUGUCAUCGCGUUCGACCUCGACCCGCGCGACUCCGACCCCGAGCGCGCCGACGCCGGGUACAAGCCGUUCUACCGCCACUACCACGUCGUCGUCGCGUUCCCCAUCGGGGACGGCAUCUACUCCUUCGAGUCCUUCUCGUCCAGGACGGGGAAGUGGACCAUGAGCGCGGACGUCACCGACGCCGGUUUCGUACACCAGGGAUCCGGCGUCGGCGUGCUCGGAUGCGCGUUCUGGCGCACCUCCAUGGGCCUGUUCCUCUGCUACGAGCCCGUCUCCCGCUGCGCGGACCUCGUCCAUGCGCCCGAAGAGGUGAUGCAGUGGCAUUACUGGGAGCUCGGCGAGAUGGAGGGCACGCUCUGCGUCACGUGCAUGGACGAGCUCGUCGAGGCCGUCGUCGUGAUCCGCCUCGAAUUCGCACGCCACGGCGCCAUCUCGUGGGCUCUGACGGGGCACUUCGAGGGCGGCUGCCUCAGGGGACGCAAGGACGUCAAGCUGCUCCGCUCGCAGGGCAAGGCAGAGGUCGUCAUGUGGGACCCCAGCUCCGAGACGGUGGUGGCCAUGGACAUCGAGGGCCGCACCACACGCACCAUCAGGUUCACCCCUGGCAGCGCCUACUACGCCGAUUUCAUCCCCUACGUCAGGUCCUUGGCUGCCGUCUCUGCCAACGGCAAAAGGGCUCAUGCUGAGCGUUCGGCUGCUGCUACAAAUAAUGGGGGUGGUGACUUCCAGGCUGAGGCUUAGUAGACUAACAGCUAAAUCUGUACAAAGCUGGAGUAGGUUGUUUGUUACAGAUGAAAGGAAUAAUUGAAGGAUCCAGAGUUGUGCAGCCUACCUAAGGGGGGAAGGGAAAGCAAAGAAGCAGCAUUCUUUGAAGCGUAGUUUAGCUGGAUAAGCAGCAGUUGUUUUGCAGUGCCUCACUCACUCUAGCUGUGUGGGACAAGCACGCGCACUGUCCCAAGUCGUCUUCUUGUACAAAUGUAGGUUUCAGUCCAAGCUAGCUUAACAUGGGUGGAACCUAAACGUGUCCAUAUAUCUGGUUUUUUGGAAGGGAACCUUUUGCUGUGAAAAUGCUUUUCUUGUGCCUUUUGCUGGAUGUCUGCUCGAGCUAAUCAUUUGAAAUGUAAUGUAACCGUGUUGUGCUGUGUCUGAAUGGGUAACAGAUCUGGGAUCA